AAUAGAAUUUCAAGAUUUGUAGGAGGCUUUUAUCUGUUCUGUUGUGCGAGGAGUUAAGAGAGGCGUUAUGGAGAAGGCACAUAGAUUCCCGGGUGUUAGCGAGGAGGUGCGGACGCUGGUGGAUGCGGAUAUGGAUUUUGUGGACGCCAGACGUCGCGCCCGCGAAGCUUUUAAGGAUGUUCAGCUCUCAAUCGAUCAUAUGUUGUUCAAGAUGACUACUGCUGGGUUAAAGAUCGAGGAGUCAUAUGAGGUGAAUUCUCGAGGACUGGAGGUUUUCUGCAAAAGUUGGCUUCCAGAGAUGAGUUCCCCCAAAGCGGUGAUAUGCUUUUGUCAUGGUUAUGGAGAUACUUGCACGUUUUUCUUCGAAGGCAUUGCCCGGAAGUUGGCUACUUCUGGAUAUGGAGUUUUCGCCAUGGAUCUUCCUGGAUUCGGUCUUUCAGAAGGUCUUCAUGGCUAUAUACCAUGUUUUGACAACCUAGUUGAUGAUUUCAUCGAGCAUUGCUCGAAAAUUAAAGAAAAUCCAGAAUUACGUGGUCUGCCAAGUUUCCUUUAUGGAGAAUCGAUGGGCGGAGCCCUAGCUCUGAAGGUUCACCUGAAGCAACCCGAUGCUUGGACUGGCGCUAUUCUUUCUGCUCCUAUGUGUAAAAUUGACGACGACUUGGUUCCACCGUGGUUGUUAACACAAGUUCUAAUUGGCAUGGCGAAAUUCCUUCCAAAACGGAAGCUAGUUCCCCAAAAGGAUUUGGCCGAUUUGGCCUUUAGAGAAGCAAAGAAGAGGCAACAGGCUGUCUAUAACAUCAUUGCUUAUAAGCAUAAACCGCGUUUAAAGACUGCCCUGGAAUUACUGAGGACUACCAAAGAGAUCGAAGAAUCACUAGAACAGGUGUCUUUACCGCUAUUAAUCUUGCAUGGAGAGAACGAUAUAGUGACAGAUCCAUCGGUGAGCAAAGCGUUGUAUGAGAAGGCAAGCAGUCGGGACAAGAAGCUGAACCUUUACGAGGAGGCAUGCCAUUGUCUGCUCGAGGGUGAGCCAGACGAGAUGAUCCACCAAGUUUUUCGGGACAUGAUUUCUUGGCUUGACGAUCAUAGUGCGCGAUAACCACUUCUCUUUUUGCCUUCUCUGCUCAAUCUAUUUUCUUGGGAGAGGAAAGAAGAUAGAAACUGAAACAAGAGAUGAAAUCAAACAUUUACUGUAUUUAUUUACAUAUUAUUUGAUUGAAACUGGAAUAAAUCCUCAUUGGAGGUGCAACCAUGUAAUUGAUGUAAGAUUGUAAGGAUACUCAAAAUAAUAUAGUUCACUGUUAUCAUAAAA